AAAAAUUUAUCGGCAAUUUGCCCGUCCAUUGAGAUUUUCAGUCAACUCUGUUUGAUUUUAGAUAAUUCUAACGACAAGAAUCAGACACAGGGAAACUGAGCUCCGGAGAGGCGAACUUGGACCCGGAAAACUUGCCUGCGCCAUUUCGUUGCGACGCCCCUGCUCCGUGGCGAAGGGCACACAAAACGAAGAAAAGUCCGGGAUUUGACUUGGUUUGUCGAUCCUGUCAGCCCUUUUGUAAUAUUAGGCUAGCAUUUAGUACUUUUGAGUCUUAAAAGACAGUAAAAAUAUAGCUCCUGAACGUGAACUAGGACUCGGGUGAUCCGGAGAGAUUUGCGUUACUAGGGACCAUACACCCAGGAACUGUUAACGGAGCAGACUCACAAGUCUCCAGGAGAGCAGCUACAAUACCUCCUCAGGGGCGCUUUGAAGUUCCCAAGGAAAACGCAAGACAGCCCACAAUGGCCACCUCCAUUGAGUCUGAGGAGGGCAACUUACAACCUAUCAACAAUGAACUUUCCCCUCGUAACAAGUUAUACAUGAAGAUUAAUGAAAAUUUGUCUGAAUCUGAAGUAGAAAGCUUGCGAAUGUCAAUGAUUACCGACAAGCUUAUUGCCAGAGGAAGAGUUCAGAAAGCAAAGCCCCAUGAAAUCUUUAACAUGUUAGAAGAUGAUGGCAGGAUGGGAGUGGGAAAUCUCUUAUUAUUGAAGGACCUGUUAAGACAGCUUAAUAAGGGGAAGCUAGCAGAAGAAGCUGAUGAUGUGGAAAAGAUGGAGGCAGUUUCGAACAUGAAUAAGAGGAAUGCUCCAGAGGACUUAUUUGUACAUGCCAGUCCUAAACAUCUCAAGAUGGGAAGUGAUGAUGAAGGAUCAGAUCACUCUGACAGCUCUGCAGAAAGUGGCAUCGGAUGUUCAGCUUCACCUCCCCUAGACACGGAGACACAGGAUUCAGAUAAUGUUGAAGACCACGCAUCACCUACUGAAGACAAAACGGAUUGCUCAAAGAUCACAACAGUGGGAGACGUGUAUAAGCGGAUAGACUACCUCCGAACAAAGAUUGCCAAACUGACCAGAUAUCCAAAGAGUAUCUCACAAGCAAAAACCAUGGCGUAUUUAAAAGCAUCAAAAGAGUUAGACUAUCUGAUGCAACUUUUGGCUGAACAAGGCACCGGAGAGCUUAGGGUGGACAUUGCACUGAUGGACACUCAAGAAGAGUUUCAAGAUAGAUAUGAAACGGGAGCUCUCAGCCAGACAAUACAGAAGGAAGUCAAGCAGAUCAUGCGGUCAUCCAGCGAUGACAUAGUAAAUGUGAAACCUGAUGUCAGUGUUGACUUCAGCCAGAACACAACUGAAAGCACAAAUUGUAGUCCAGAACGACGUGCCACUAUCAAGGUGACGGCAGAGGAUGUACAGCUCGAAGACAGCUGUAGGUUGGACAAAGACUCUGCUGUUAGGCAGCUGUUCAAGUAUCUUGUUAAAAAUCCAAAGAAACUGCACCCAAUUAUGGAAUAUCUUAACAGCUUUCAUGUGCAAGUAAGAACCAUAUCAUAUGGAUCCAUUGACUUUGAAUGCAUCUGCCUAACACCAGAGUCAGCAGUCCACUUACAUCAGGAAUACAAUGGCCAAAGACUCCAUGCCCAGUUUCAGAGGGUGCUCUCAAGCCUUGCCAUAUUGACAGAAUUCGGCAUCAAGUCCAUUUCCUUGGCUGUCCAGCUCACAUUUGCAGAUGAAGGGUUCAUCAUGGACCAUCACAGCAUGAGACAAAAAGUGACAAACGCCCCAGUUAACGAAGAGGCGAGGCUGUCUCCGGAGCAGCGGCCGAGGACCCAGCAGAAGCUGAUCCCGUGGCUCCGUCAGCGGGUGAGCUCCGGCCAGGUCCCCGGCGUAGAGUGGGUGGAUGAGCCGAGAGGGGUCGUCAAGAUCCAGUGGCCCCGGAAAAGCCAGCAUGACUACAACGUGAACCAAGACGGCGCCAUCUUUAAGGAGUGGGCGGUUCACACGGGAAUGUACACCGAAGGUGUGGACACUCCAGACCCGUCCAGGUGGGAGACCAACUUCAGGUGCGUCAUGAACGAGUCUACUGAGGCCGAGUACCUGCGAGAUCAGAGUCAGGAGCAAGGUGACAGCCCUUACCGAGUGUACCGUCUCUCCCCAUCGUCCGCAGAUGACGCCUCUCAGCAACAGCUAGUAAGCCACGUCUCACCAGUUCUUGAUGAAGACUGUGAGUUACAGAUUGAGCCAUAUUACGGUAGCGACAUGGUGUUCCGCACCAAGCCGUCCCACGGAUGCCUGAUUCACCCUCCGAGCUUCCAGCGGAACGGUUUCCACGUUCCCGCCAAGUUGGUGGUGCUGUCCGAGUACACCGGUGGCAAUGCCCACAAGCAGAAACAGUACAACCGGAUCUUCAAUCACUUAGACAAAGGUAUUGCCGCUCGGGUCUUCAAUAACGACUUGUACGUGACCCGGCACUGCCGUGUGCGGGUGUUAUGCCGGAUGGUUGGCGGGAAGGUCGUCAAGCUGAAAAAAGGCGCGAAAACCAAGGUGUUCGACUACGGCAAUUUCUUGGCAGUGCUCCAGGACUACGCGAGGACCGGGUUGACCCACCAGCGCCCGGAGACCCAGGUGUAUCUGAACAUCGGGCAAAACGACCCAGGUCCUCCCAACUCCCAGGCUCUCAUCACCGUGGUACUCCGUCACGUGACCGCAGAACAGCGCCUGCGCACUGUGGACGAUUCACUACCAAAUAUGGGUCAAUUCCGUAAACCACAUUUUGAGAGGGUUCCGAACAUGGCGCACACUUCUCCUUCCAAUCUCUACUUGCGGAUCUCUCAGAAUCUUAAAGACAACGAAAGCAGGGAUUUUCACAAUUAUGUGGAAAGCAAGGGUAUUUUACCAGCCAGGGAUCUGCCACAUAUGAACCCAAAUGAGAUCGGCAUUAAGCUAGAACACAAAAAACUGUUGUGGGCAGGAGAGCCUACAGUUUUGGAAGAUGUCAUGACAAAAAUCGGUAGGGUAGACUUUGCAGAAGAGGCGAAGCAGAUUGCAGCACGACAGAAAAAAGGUGUAAUGUUUGAGAAUAUGCCAUUCGACGAAGGGGCAGGGUCAUCUGCAAAGCGGCCAAAGUUGUCACCUGACGAAGGAACCAUGGAUGCUCCAAUAAAGCUGACAUCAACACGGAUGGUGAACAACCGAAGACAGAUCUACAUCUCACCUGAAGCGGAGAGGAUCAUCUCCAACCUCCAGCCUCGCCCCGUGGACGUGGUGGCAGUGGUGGGGCCGAUGAGGAAGGGAAAGUCCCAUCUAGCAAAUCUCCUGUGCAAAAGGAAGUCUGGAUUCCCACUUGGAGACGAAAUGGAAUCGAAAACAAAGGAUUUCUGGUUCUGGAUCGGUCCCCACCCUGUUAAGACCAACCGAUAUCUGAUGGUUGUCGACACUGAAGGCCUGGGCGACUACUCUGACGAGGAACAGAACGAGAAAGACAUCAAGUGUCUGGUUUUGGCCACCCUGCUUUCAAACCACCUGGUCUUCAACCUCCAGGAUAACCCAUACCGCAGCUUUGUUUCUCAGCUCAGGUUGAUGGGAGAUCUUGCAGAGCAUGUUCGUGUCCAAAAAGAUGGUAACGACGGAGGAAACAACCUUGGUCACCACUUCCCCGAGCUGUGGGUUACCGUGCAAGACGCGCGUCUUAAACCUCCUCAAAGGGACGGAAUGCGCCUAACCCCUGAUGAGUUUCUGGAGGUCAUGUUGGAACGAAAAGACGGCCACACAAAAUCAAUCCGUUCCCACAAUGAGAUAACUGACGCAGUGAAGGCUUUCUUCCCGAAGCGGCAUCUUCGACUGAUUCCUGCACCUUCCAUAGACUCAGACAUCCUGAGCAACCUCGACAAAGUAGGGGACAACGUCCUACAGACGGACUACAAAGAUGCUGUUAGUGGCUUCACUGGUGAGAUCUGGAACUCCGGACAGGUCAAGAAGGUCAACGGAGAUGACAUAAAAACCACAGGUCUUCUCCAUAUCAUGCGGUACUACGUCAACGCCAUCAACGACCCAAACGCCCUACCGUCAGUCUUCGGUGAUUACGAGGCCAUGGCUGAAGGAGAGUGCAGCCGGGCCUCAGACGAGCAGCUGAAAGCGUUCCAGGAGACCGUGGAGAAAACAGUGAAGCCACUAAUGCCGACUGACGAGGAGAUCUGCAACAGGGAAAUCCAGACUGCAACAGACACUGCAGUCUCCAGGCUGUCUGCAGAUGUGGGGAAGUGGGACAAAGUUGGAACAUGGAAGAAACGCCUCCAGGGGAAGCUCGAGACAGAACGCCUUGCCCUGAUCAAUGUUAACAGUGCCAAGUCUAAGGACUUUUGCGAGGCGAUCAUCAAAGAAGUAGACCAGCCCGUCCGACAGAAAGUGGGGAAGGGCGAGUACAACAGAAUCGGUGGAUUCAAUACAUACGUAAGAGAGAUGGAUGUCGUGUACAGCGCCUACAGGCAAAAAGCUUCUGGAAAAGGCCCAGCAAUUGAAAAUGUACUACAGACCUUCCGCACCACUGAGACGACCAGGAGGGACACGAUCAGGGACACCGACGGCAAACUGGUGGAGGAAGACCGUCGGAUUAAGGAAGAGCAGAGAAAGAAACAAGAGGCCAAGGCCGCAGCAGAAAGGGCCGCUGAAAAGGAACGUCUAGCAAGGGCUGAAGCAGCGAGAGCUGAGGAGGCAAAGAAGCGUGCUGAGGCCGAGAGGGCUGCAGAAAAAGCGAGGAGACAAGCCGCACAACAGGAAGCGGCCAAGGCUGCCGAGGCAAGGAAGCGCGCUAAGGCCGAGAAGGCUGUAGAAGAAGCGAAGAGACGGACAGCUGAAGCUCAGGCUGAAGCUGCCAGACACCCACAGCGGGCAGCGGAGGAAAGGGCACGGAGAAAGCGAAGGGGAAAGUUCUUAGGCCUCUUUUGAAAGAUAGGGAUCUUUACUAGGGUGCUAAGAAAAGCAAAGGAAGUAGUAUACUUGUUCUCAUUGAAAUUUAAUAGGUGUGGCAAUAAAAACUAUUGCCAUGGCGACGUUAUUAUUAUUAUAUAGAGUUAUUCCCCUGUAAAGGGACGAUGCAACUACACGUCUGUGGACAAAUUCACGAGAUUUUGAGAAUUCUUGUCAAACUGUCGCAAACUAUACUAUUAGGCUCGCCCUUGAGGCGUCGCCAAAAAUGUUAUAUUCUGGGCUACUAAAUGAAUUCUUCGUCUCUUCUCAGGCGACAACCUAUUCUUAGGGGGUGAAAUCCCACCCGUGGCUAUAAUAAUCUUCGAAGCCAACAACCAGUGUGAAUGUUGUGGUGCAUCUUUUGCAAAACAUUACUGGGGCUGUGGAAAAACGAAGAGGCCAGUGAUGUUGACUCCGUAUCAAAUUAUAAAGGCAGGCGACAGCAUUCUUUUUUUACAUUUCAAUGAGAACGAGCCUGAAACGUUUGUGUCUUUUUUGGCUAGGACACCAUUCAGAGAGUUAACUUUUGAUACUGGAUUUGUCGUUCACAAUUCUACUGUUCAAGGUUAGCUAAUGAUGACACAAGAAUCUGCUGAUGAUUCUCCAUUGACAUAUAUCAUUAAGGCCCUAUAAGCUAAGUUGACAUUAUGAUGUACAUGUUACGAGGUGUCAUAUUUUUGCUUCUAGAUUAGUGAGUAAGUGAGGUUUAAAAGUUUUUCUUGUGUUUGUUGUGUUUAAACAUAAAAGAGAAAAGUUAACGUGAAAGGUACCAUUGUUUGAGAUGCUUAGUUUGUAGUCUUUGUGUGGCUAUGACAUGCAAGUAGCGCAGAUAAUUAAUUGACGCCCAACCAAUCCGUGACAGGGAUGUCAAACCAUGACUGUAACAGAGAAAUUUUGCUUGGAAGCUGUUCCCUCUAUGAUGAUGUUAUCUCGUAGCUAAAGGCACCGAGGACUUAUGAAAUGAGUAGCUGGUACUUACGUCUACGGAAAACCAGCUCAAACAAGAACAAGAUACAGUAUAGACGUUAUGCCUUUACUAGUAAGAGUUAUGUAUCAACCCAGAAUUAGGUGUGUUUGAUUAACAGUUUUCCCUUGAAGUGUUGUAGAAUAGAACUCGUUGCCACCAAGUACUGUCGGAUACAACGCUUUCAUCUUGUUGUUCAAAGAUCAUACAGGAACGGUUCAGUGUAUAAUUUAUAUCCAGUUGCUACCUCGCCGCGUGUCUGCGAAGCUGGUGUAUAACGCUGAAGGGCGAUUAUAACGAAUCGGUUAUGUAGCUUGUGAAGUCAAGCUGUUUAUCAAAUGUUAGCUGGUGUGUGCGAUAUUUAGCCUAAAUUCUAGACCCAUCGGACACCCCUUUCCAACAAAUAUGCAGAGCGUUCUGAAAGCUAAUGGAUCUUUAACGCCUUUUGAGAUCUUAUGAGAAAACUGUGCGUGGUUGUUCAACAGGGGCUAUCGGAUUUUGCUGUUGUAGGCUGUUGUGUUAAGAGCUUUGUAUAACAAUCUAAAGAGUGACGUGUGCUCUCGAUGUAUCCUAAUUUAGCUGUUUUGUUUUGUCGUGUUGUAUUUUAAACACAGCGCUUUGCAAGACAAGAGUUAAUGCAUGUGUGAAGUGUUUUUGUCUAUACAAGAAAUUCUGAAUUGGAAAUUUUCUUGAUUGUUAUCAGGCUUGAAAUCACAAUACAACCGGGAUUAAGUGUGUAACAAGUAUGUUUAUGUUUUGUUUCGCUUUACCUGACAUCGCCAACGAUAUCUUUUAUCUGUUGAGCGAAACGGUCAUAAUUGAAGGUGAUGCAUCAUCAAUUCAAUUCACUACAGAGUAAAAAAAAAAAAAACUUGUCAUCCGGUUAAGGUUCAAUUGACGCCACAGGUAUCUUGUCAAUGCUAUAAGAUUGUGUCUCUGUAAGUCUUGUGAGUUUAGGUUCUGGGGUGACCGGUCAUUCGUGUGGUAGCUUUGAGUGUUCUUGAGACACUAGUGAAGAACACAUAGCCAUGACCGCGGUAAAACUCAUUUGAUACUAAAAAUGGCACCCAUAUGGUAACCAUGACUUUACUCAACUUGCUUGGUACAUGCUACUUGUUCGCCACACGUAUGUUACUUUGUGCACCUUUUGAAUACAAAAAAUAAAAGACUUGUUGAUUGUGA